AUGUCUGCUCAAGUUCCCGCUAUUUACAACGACUCGAUGUUCGAGGCCGAAUUUACCCCCGUCUCUCCACAAGUGAAGUUGGAGAGCAUUGACCAGUUGUCGUGCCACUUACCAACUGAAGGUGCUGCCUCCAGAUCCAUGGUAAUGCGCGAUGACACUUCCCCUAUGCUCGUGCACUCAGAGGUUUUGGAGUCCGUCUUCUCAACCACUCUUGAGGGCCACGAGGAUAUGCUUGGAAACACUCCUAUGUUUGACGAAUUAGAUUUCAUCAUGGACGGAAGCAAGGUGAACUCGAAGGAGGACUGGGUUUCCCUUUUCAAGGAGGAGCCUGCCUCUGCCGAGUCCGCAAUUGUGACUGAGAAGGAUGAAGACUUGGAGGACUUGUUUGCUGACGAUAUGAGGGAAACCUUUGACUUCGUUCCAGCAGCAAAGCCUGCCAAGCAACUUGAGACUCCAGCCACCCCUUCGCUCCAGACUCCUGUGAUGGCUUCCGUGCUUCCAGCUGAUUCAAAGCACAGAGUCUCCAAGAAGACCAAGGUUGACCACUUGGGUUGCGUUUCCUACUCAAAGAAGCAGAGAAGCCAGCCUUUGAAGCCAAUCCUGAUGCCUUCUGAGGAUCCUGCUGCUAUGAAGCGUGCUAGAAACACCGAAGCUGCCAGAAGAUCGAGAGCUAGGAAGAUGGAGAGAAUGUCCCAAUUGGAGGCUAAGGUUGAAGACUUGUUGGAGUCCAAAAACGCUUUGGCUGAUGAGGUUGCGCGUUUGAAGGAGUUGUUGGCCGCCAACAACAUUGCCUACUAA